GACGUCACAACAUCAUGCGAAAUUUGCAUUCAAAUCACUAGAAUACAAAUUUCAACCUGCGAACAAAUACGUAUCGUACUCUUCAUUAUUGAAGAUUGAUUUGCGUUCUGUAGUCAUAUUGACGUAGAACUUGAACCGUAUUUGUAGUGCCAAAACGCCAUGGAAGGCAUUCGACUUUUGGCCCAGCASAACCGGGCAGCGCAGCUACAAGCUCAUCAGCAGCAAGCCCAGGCCGCAGCAUUUGCCCAGCAACGAAGCAAUUCGAUGGUUUGGCAUCAGCAGCAGCAGCAACAACAACAUGCGGGAGCUGGUAAUGUAACCGCAGCUCAGAUGCAGAACGGAUACUCAAAUUUCAUGCCGUCAAUGAUGGCUAUGCAAGCAAGCAACAUGAACCAGAUGCCAAUGGUGGCAACCGCCAAACUAGCACCCUCCAAAAAAAAUAAGCUUAGCAACUCCACUCUUGCCGUCCGAAGCACAGUUCCGAGAUUCAACGUCGCAGGUGGAGUGUAUACAGUAGCACAGUGGGCGCGAAAGUGUGUAGAAGACAACCUCGAAUUCAUUGUUAAAAUUGCUCGCAGAGGUGAUCCAAAAACGGACAUGGCCAUGCUUGCCUAUGGCGAUGGAUGUCAGACGCUGGUGUUUUUGGACGAUGCUAUCAACAAGCUUCCGAAGAAGCUGUCUGAAAUUCCCAAAAUUCAUGUUGGGGUUUCAGCUGCUCCAAUCGAUGAUAAGAAAACCGAAUCCGAACUGGCAGCAUCCGGUGUCUUGCAACCCAUUGAUAGUUUGUGGGAUCACUUGCGAUACGAACAGGCAGUCGUGAACAAAGACAAGAAAGAGAAAAUCAUGCACAUUCAUACUAGCACGACGGUGUACGGUGAUAGUGCCACCGGUCGCCGACGGGUGCUCCAGAUCAAAACCAAUGCUCCCGAAAGUCCAUUUGUUGCCGACUCCUAUAUGAGAAACGUUGUAUUCGAGCAACAAGUUCUAGCCAAAUGGGAUGGACAAGUGCCAGGAGCAGGCCCCGU